CCUCCUUCACUCCUCCCUGACCCUCCUCCUCCUCCCCCUUUCUCUCUCUAUCUAUCUCUCUCUCUAUCUCUCUCUCUCAUUCCCUCUCCUGACCUCUACAAUAUGUCUGGCUCUAUACUGAGAGCCUCUAUUAGAGCUGUCGGUGCCAGGAGACGGCUAGUUCCCACAAGAGCAGCGCUCACUUUGACUCCUUUAGCUGUUAAUAAAAUUAAACAGCUGCUUCAGGAAAAACCUGAAUAUAUUGGAUUGAAGAUUGGAGUUCGAACCAGAGGAUGCAAUGGUUUGUCUUACACUUUAGAAUACACAAAGGAGAAAAGAGAAUCAGAUGAAGAGGUGGUCCAGGAUGGUGUUCGAAUAUUCAUUGAAAAGAAAGCACAGUUGACACUUUUAGGAACUGAAAUGGACUAUACAGAAAAUAAACUCGCUAGUGAAUUUGUAUUCCACAAUCCUAACAUCAAAGGAACCUGUGGCUGUGGAGAAAGCUUUCACGUUUAACUGAAACCAACGGUGUAAACUGAACACUAAUGUGGACAUUGCUGUGUUGAGACACUGACUUUUUUUUCAAGCGAUUGAGUGUAGUGGAUUCUUUGUUUUCAUUGGUUUUGAAGGAGAAAAACUGACAAUGCAUUUGACAUUUUGCCAAUAACAGGGAACCUUUCUCCUGAAGCAGAAUUUUGCGCAAGAGGUUAUGGUGUAAGACGUAUUUAUUUCUUCUGUUCCAUCAUGACAUAACUAAUAUCAUCAGGUUUGUGUAACUGAAGUGUUAGAUGGUGAGAUUAAUACAUUUGUCUGAUUCAGAUAGGUUUAACAUCUUUUUUGCAUUUGAGGGAAGAAAAAUGUUUUUGUAUUUGCUAUCUUCAAAUCCUCUGUCCUCUUGUUUCUGCUUAUCCAUUUAUGGCCAAUGGAAACUGUGCCUAAAACAGAUAAGUUUGAAAAAGGAAUAAAGGGCUUGUUUCAGCCUUUUUAUAGUUCAACUUUAUUAAUGCCACAUACAAAUCUUUCAAAAGGCUGCAACUGUCAGAGUCAUGAGUUAUUUUUUCAUAGCAACUUUGGUUUGAUAGCAAGUGGAAAAUUCAAAUGGAAGCAGACUCUUCAGUCCAACCAGUCCAUGCUGACCACGUUCCCAAACUAAACUAGUCCCACUGCCUGCACUUGAUCCAUAUUCCUCCAACCUUGCCUAUUCAUGAAAUUAUCUAAAUGUCUUUUAAAUGUUGUAACUGUACUUACAUCCACUAUUUUCUCUGGCAGUUCAUUCCAAAUACGCACCACCCUCUGUUUUAAAAAAAAUUGUCCCUCAUGUCCUUUUUAAAUCUUUCUCCUUUCACCUUAAAAGAAAAGUCCCUUAGUUUUGAACUUCCCCACCUAGGGAAAAGACCCUUGUCAUUCACCUUAUCUAUGCUCCUCUUGGCCUCAAUAAGGUCAUCUGUCAACCUCUUACGCUGCAGCGAUAUAAGUCCCAGCCUUUCCAAUCUAUUUUAACAUCUCAAACUUUCCAUUCCGAGCAAUGCCCUGGUAAGUCUUUUCUGAACCCUCUUCAGUUUAAUAAUAUCCCUCCUAUAAUAGGGUGACCAGAACUGUGCACAGUACUCCAGAAGAAAUCUCACCAACAACCUCAACACGAUGUCCCAAUGUCGAUAUGCUGAGCAAUAACAGCUAGUGUGCUAAACCCUCUUAACCACCCUGUCUACCUGUGAUGCAAUUAUAAAGAAUUAUGUACCUAAACUCCUAGGUCUCUUCUGUUCUUCAACACUAUCCAGGGCCCUACCAUUAAUUGUAUAAGUCCUGUCCUUGUUUGUAUUAACCAAAUGCAAUACCUCACAUUUAUCCAAAUUAAACUCUAUCUGCCACUCCUCAGCUUAUUGACUCAAUUGAUUAAGAUCUCCUUUUAGUCUUAGAUAACUUUCUUCACUGUCAACAGAACCAUCAAUUUUGGUGUCAUCUGCAAACUUACUAACCAUGCCUGCUCAAGUCUCAUCCAAAUCAUUUAUAUAAAUCAUUUAUAUAUAUAUAAAACAUAUAUAUAAUUUGUUGAUCUGCUUCCAUUUAUAUAAACAAACAAAAGUGGACCCGGUACUGAUCUCUGUGGAACACCACUGGACAUAGGUCUCCAGACUGAAAAACAGCCUUCCAACCCACCCUCUCCUGCCAUAAAGCCAAUUUUGUGUCCAAUUUGCAAGCUCACCCUGACUCCCAUGUGACCUAACAUUACUAUUUUAUCUACAUGCGGAAUCGUGUCAAAGGUUUUACUAAAGUCCAAAUAAGCAACAUCUACCACUAUACCCGCAUCAAUCUUUUUGGUUACUUCAUUACAAAAAGAAAAUCAAAAUUUGUGACGUAUGCUUUUCCUCUCCAUGCUGACUAUCCACUAAUCAAUCUUUGUCCAAAUGCACGUAAAUUGUAUCUUCCAUCUUUUCUGCUGCAGAAAAAAAAAUUCUCAGUAACUUUGCUUUGACAGCAAGUUAAAACUUCAAAUUAUUUUGAAAGAGUUGUAUCGAAUAAGCUUUAAACCAUUAUGUUCAGGACCAGUAGGCAAUUUGUUGAUCUGCUUCCAUUAACUGAGUGUAUAAAAUGAAGGUAAAAUUGAUAAUGGAGGCUCAAUGAAUUGGAGUACUUACCUUCCAUGUUGUUUCAUAUCACUCAUGCAGUCCACUGUGCUGUGCCAACAAAAUCCGAUACAAUUUUCUUUCAGUUUAGUGGGCUAGAAGAUAUCUUUGACAAACGCCCAAUGCUCAAGAAACUCAGGUCUGGUAGCAUCAUGGAGAGAGCAAUAGGGCUGAUGUACUUUUCCGAAAAUGAGCUGCUGAGUUUCUCCAGUGUUAUGUUUCAGAUUUACAGCAUCCACAGUAUUUUGCCUUUAGAAAAUAUCUUUGUUGUCUGGAACCAGACCCUUUAAAAUUUUUUUGAUCAGAUUAAAUAGCGUCCAAGUGGUGUCAAUGGCAUGAUAUGAUCAUUGUUGAGGAAUUAUAUUUUAUGAUUGAGCAGAUUUGAUCAUUUUAUACGUAGGCAAGUAUAAAGUUUCUGUCUCAUUGGAAGAAUGUUAUUUGAAAUGAAAUCUGUUUAUCAUAUAUCAAGAAUUAGUAUCAAGUUAUUAAUUUCCUGAUGGUAUGCACAGCUUUUAUUUACUUCAAUGAUUUGUCUAACAGGGUGAAAGUAUUAACCAUUGUGAGCUAAUGCUUUUUGCGUUUGGAGAUGGUCCAGUAACUUUUAAUUUUCCAUGUCCAUAAAAUAUAAAAUAGUUUCUGUUAGUUCUAAUGUGUAAAUUGUAUUUUAAAUGGUCAGAUUUUUAAGUAAUUUUUCUAUCUUUGUGUGCACAUUGUAAUUCAUUUCCAAUAAUUUUCUGUAAUGAUUGUGCUAAUUUUGGUUUCUGUUUUCUUAGGUUAUUUUUUUAAAAACAAAGGUUGUAUUUAUCUAUAUUUUUUAAAUUAAAGUUUAAUAUUAGAUGUGCUGUGUAAGUAGCAUCUCAGGAGUUUAAUGAGGAUCUGACUGGCUUAAAGCAAGUUGAAAUUUUCAAUUUGCUGCAUCAAACACCAUCUGCUAGUGGUUUAAGUUAAAUAUGAAAGAUGUGUUCUGCAUCAUGGACUCAUCGAUAUUUAGUUUUAAGUUGCUACUAACCACUGGCCAAUUUAUAUUUGACAAUUUGUCUUGAUUGUUGGUGCUGGGCAAUUCACUCCAUGGACUCCAUAAUAUUGGGUGAAGUACAAACCAGAUUUUGCACAUGUACGGUAGUUGCUUGAAAGUAAUGAAUGAGAUUUUCAUUUCUGCCUGUUGGACCUUUCUCCGUGAUGUGCAUCAAUACCACAGUGUAAAUAAGUGUACGUCUCUUGUUACUUGAUUUACCUUGACUGCAAACGAUAGGUACUGUAGCAGCAGCAGAAUAAGAGAACUGCAGAAUUGGAGAACUUUGGAAGUUGGUUGGAAAAUAUUCUCUGUAUCCAACUGUUUUAUACCAGAGUUGAGUGAUACUGAGAUUGAGAUUCCAAAAUAGAAAGCUGUGAUUCUCAGGAUU